GGCCGGGCGGCCGUUCCACCACACACCCCCCGCCCCGGGCGCUGCGGCCGGGGCUCGGCCCCGCUCCGUCCCGCGGCGCAGGGAGCCGGGCCGGUGCCAGGGCUGCCGCCCGGGCCGGGGCCGCAGUCCGGGGGCGCCCCUGCGCCGGCCCCGCCGCCAUGUCCCGCUUCUCGGCGUUCCUCAACCCCGUCCUGCUGCUCUUCAGCUGCGACCUCUGCCUCGUGCGAGCCAACAGGCCACCAUCCCCUGUCAACGUGACCGUGACGCAGCUGAAGGCAAACUCUGCCACCGUCUCCUGGGACGUCCCAGAAGGAGACGUGGUCAUCGGCUAUGCCAUCCUACAGCAGCGGCAAGAUGGACAGAUGCAGCGCUUCAUCCGGGAGGUGAACACAACCAACCGGGCCUGCGUACUGUGGGACUUGGCAGAGGAUGCCGAUUACAUCAUCCAGGUGCAGAGCAUCGGCCUGUAUGGAGAAAGCCAGGCCAGCAAGCGUGUCCACUUCCGGACCCUGAAGGAGACCGACCGCCUCCCUUCCAACAGCUCCAACCAAGGUGACAUCACCAUGGAAGGGCUGGACAAAGACAGGCAGCUGCAAACGGGCGAGAUCAUCAUCAUCGUGGCUGUGCUGCUUAUGUGGGCAGCGGUGAUCGCCCUCUUCUGCAGACAGUAUGACAUCAUCAAGGACAACGACUCCAACAACAACAAGGAAAAGACAAAGCCGUCCUCGGAGCACAGCACGCCAGAGCGACCCAGCGGAGGGCUGCUGCGGAGCAAGAAGAAGUCUCCCUCGGUCAAUAUAAUCGAGGUGUAAGUGCAGCGCCAGCUCUGUGUCUGCGGUCCUGGGCGUCCUGCCAGAGCCAAAGCAGGCCUUGGAAGAGGAGGCAGCACCGGGUGCCCAGCCUGGAAUUCUGCAUGCGAAGAUCCGCGUAUCAGAACUUACGCUUUCCCGAGGGCACCUGUCCAGGGAUGUGCAUGGAGCCGGCUCCCAGCCGUGCAUGCAGUGCGUGGCCCUGCCCAUCCCACAUGCCUGGCCCUGCUCCCCUGCCACUGUGGACCACGGAGCUGAGAAAGGGUGGGGGGGGCACACCACCAGCACAGGGGGGCAAGUCUAGGGGAGCAGAGAGGCUGGUGCGCUGGCUUGUGGGGAGGCAAUGUCCCUAUGCGCUGGCUUGGCCAAAGGCCUGGGUACAGCCACAUGGUACCCGCCGCCUGCCCGGCAGCCAGCCCGGGGCAGACCUUGCUCCCAGCCGCUGGUGUCUGGGCUCAGAGGGCUGCCUGCAGGGGGUGGGAGCUGCUCCCCUUCUGGCCCUGAGACUGAGGGGAUGGGGCAGUGCAGGCAUUUGCCCCAGUGCUGCCAGGGAAGUCACAGCCAGGUGGUAAGAGGGUUUACCUGUGGGGCCGGGCCCAGUGAGCACAGCUGGAGUGGAUCCCUGCUGCAUAAGGGGGCUCUGCUGCACCCCGUCCUGGCCAUGCAGGGGCUUCAAGGCCUCUCUCUGCUGCAGGGGACAAAGACACAAGUGAGCAUGAGGAUCUAGUGCUGCCGCGGUGUCUAGCCCGCCUGCAGAGCACGCAGCUGGGGCAGGGAGUGCUGGCUGGAGCUGUUUUAUGGGCUAGCGUGAGCCCCCCAGAGCUAUGGGAGCACGCGGUGCCAGGGCAUGGCUGUGGCUUUGCCAUUUCCAUAGUAGGGCUCAGUCCUGACACAUUCAAGCUGUUUGUGGGGGAGCUGCUGUGAGCACCCUGCAGGCAGCGCGAUGCCUGUGCUGCCUCGAGGAGAUGAUGGGGUGAGGCCCAACAGGGUCUCGGUGGGCUCAGCAGGAUGUGGGCUGCAGAGCUCAUCACUGCUCUGGGGACAACCCUAGCUUCAAUAGCAGCACAUCCCACUCCUGGCUCCUUCUGUCUUGCGGGGAUGUGGUCGCUGCUGGUGCUCCCACUCCUGGAGCUAGUCCCAUGGCCUGCACCAGGUUGGCUGAUGUAGCACAGACAUGUUGGAAAAAGGCUGGUCCUGAAUGCUUAGAGCUGGUGGACCACUGGCUCGCUGUUUCGUGCCCAGUCCACCUGCUCGUGUCACUGACCACCCUGGGGCUGGUGAAGUAGCGGUGCCUGGACUGUGCUUGUUUGCUCCCCAGAGCCUGCAGGCAGAGAUCUCUCGCUGGGCAUCUGCAGUGCUCGGUGUCCGAGGCUGAGGCCAGGCCCGGGCAUGCCCUCUUGCCAGGGGCAGGGGGAAGGGGGUGAUGUGAGGAGGCUUUCUGCUGCAGAGAUGGCAGCUGGUGCCCUGGCUGCUGCUCUCUCUCCGUGCUCUGCUCUGCAGCCUGUCACUGAGCUAGGAUGCUGGCUCUGCAGCCCUGGACUCAAGCAAUCACAGGAUCUAGCGUCUUCCAGGAAUAAACCUCCCAGUAAAAAGCACUUUCAGGACUCAUCCUUCCAGGUGCUGCUCAGCUCCUGCUGCAGGACUAGGUAGGGAAGGGACAGAACAAGUGACUCCCUGUGGCAGGGUCUUUUCAAUAAAAGCAUCCUGGCUCAAAGGCAGAA